AUGUCGAACCCCGCGCCCACCGUGCUUACCCAGCUUCCCUUGGACGAGGACGCUCGUCCACGCUACAGCGAUGCCGAGCUGUGCGACUACUUUGAGUGCAUCAACCUCCCACAAAAGUAUCUGGACUCGAUUGUGCUGAAAGAUGCGACACAGGCCGGAACCAAAGAGCAUGGGCUGCCCUUGCUACAGGCCCUGACACGGUACCACACAUGCCAUGUCCCCUUUGACAAUCUUGUCUUGCACUAUUCCACAUACAAGACCGUCACGCUUGACCUGGCGGAGCUCUAUACAAAGAUAGUUUGCCGGCGGCUCGGCGGGCGAUGUAUGGAACAUAACACCUUUUUCGGGACCGUCCUUCGCUCGCUCGGCUAUGAAGUGCGCAACUGCGGAGGCCGCGUAGCGCGGGCAAUGAGUCCCUACCCAGAUGUCCGGCGCGACCAGGGAAUGACGUAUGACGGGUGGAACCACAUGCUCAAUCUUGUGCGACUAGAUGAUGAGUGGUACGGUGUGGACGUGGGGAUGGGCUCUAUGGGCCCUAACCUCCCAUUUCCGCUGCGUGAUGGAUUUGAGACGACCAGCAUCCCUCCACGUUUGAUUCGUGUGCAGUUACGGUCGAUAGCCGAGACAUACGCGAGUACAGGACCGCCGAAGAUGUGGUGCUUUGACGUCUGCUACAACCCACUUGAUGAAGGCAAGAAAGAGUGGCUGCCGGCCUAUUGCUUUUCAGAGACAGAAUUCCUGCCUCAAGACUACGAGGUCAUGUCCUGGUUCACGUCGACAAACCCAAGAUCCUUCUUCACCAGAUACAUCACCUGCACGAAAAUGCUCAUGGACGAGGACAAGGAGAUGAUUGUGGGCAAUGUCACCUUGUUCGAGGACACCGUGAGAGAAACCAUUGGCGCCAAUCGCAAGGUAAUCAAGGAGUGUAAGACGGAAGACGAGCGUUUGCAGGCGCUGGCCGAAAUCUUCAACGUGCAUCUGACAGAUGAGGAGAAGAGGGCGAUUCCAGACGACCGGAUAUUAGCAUAA